AUGUUCGGACACAGGUUUGCUCUUGAGGUUGCAGUCGUCAACAAUCUCGAGGAUAGAAUACCGAUGACAAGAUGGGUAAGGACCAUCUUCUUCGCUGUGGACGCUUAUGCGAAUGAUGAUGAAGAGCAUAAGGACGCAAAGCCUCCGCGAUUAAGUGGAUCCUGGUGGCGACAUAUGCUGUAUACUGCUACAGCACCCGAUAAUAAUCGAAAUUUGUAUGUUGGAACCACUAAGCAAGAAGUGAUCAAUUUACUCCCUGAUGUAGAUCACACCAAAGCUAAGCCACCAUAUUCUGAGCAGGCAAUCCUAGGUACUGAGCAACUAUUUAAUCCCCACGAAAGUAAAAGAGAACGAGAAGAAGAGUCGGAGGAAAUGCCAGAGUCCAAGAAAGCCAAGGGAUUCGAUGUGUCGGCGAAUUUUGGGGAAAUCGAAGAAGAAAAGCCACACUCACCAAGCUAUACGCGAUAUCUGGCAUGGUUAGAGAAGCACAAUGGAGAGUAUUCAGACGAUGAACCAUCAAUUCCGACAUGGGAUGAUUGGCAAAUGCACCGACUGGAUCAGAAGUAUUGGACAACGGAGACAGAGGGGAAACUACGACGACCGUCAUUGGAACAUUAUUAUGCGUAG